UGCUCACAGCACAGCAGCACACCGGAGUGCAGGUGAGCCGCACCUUCGUGUAAACCCUGCCCGAGAGAUCAGAGGACAGCUGCCUGCCACAGCACGGAGAGAGAGGGAUGUUUGCCCUGGCCACACACAUGUAGGUGACCGUGGUAUGGACAAGAAAACCUUGUGGAUAAGGAAAGAACGCCACACGACCAGCGCAACUCACCACGCUUCCAAGCGUGUCUCAAUUACCCACUGCCCUGAGUCGGUGCUGAGGACCUGUCAGUGAGACCUGCCAUGUGAGAAGGCGUGUGAGACACAACACAUGAGGAUUCACCCUCUGCGGAGGACCGGUUCACCAGCUAACUUGAAUCUAAUAACUGUCCUGACCAGAAGACUACUGAGCCUAGCAAUACCACUCCAGGCACUGCCCGGCCAUUCCAGGGAGAGAAAAGAGUCCCUUUUUUUAAAAAUGGUAGCAUGUUUUUAAUGCUUGUCAGACAAGUCAGGGUAUUAAAAAAGGAAUUUUGUUGAGCAGUCCUUUGUAAUCUAAAAUCUGCCGCAAAAGAUAAUAUCCAUUACUGUCUUCAUCUGAGGCGCUCCUGUGAACUUUCUACGCAAAUAAACACACAAGCAAGCAUCCAGAUUAAAAAAAAAUAUUUAAAGCAAUAAAACAACAUUCCCUAUUUUGACUUUGGCACAAAAUAGCUGCUCAAACACUUGGAAGCACACACUAAGGCUCAAGUUGCGGCCCCCAGUUCCUGGAAAAAGCAACAAACAUUCUGAAAUUCUUUUGCAUGACCUUCUAAAAAGCACAGUGCACGCUCUCACACCAGAAAAAAACACAGGAAGCUUUAGGACAUUGUCCUGCUUCUAAUGUGCUGUGAAGUUUUCGGGAUACCGCACAAAGAAGGAGCCGUACGGAGCGGAGGUGUGCUUACAGAGACAGAUAAUCUGCCCUCGAGACACUUCAGUGCGGACCAGGGAUGUGUUUUGGCUACUGGUUUGAGAGGACAGGAAGAUAAAUAUGUGCGUUUGAGUGGGCAGACACUUUCAGGCAAACAGAAGAUGUGGAUGGGGGAUCCGCGUUACUGGGGUCGCGACAGAGCAAAUCGCCGUUGAGCAACACUCCUGGCAGCUUUCCGUGGGAAAGCGUCCAGCUAGCUUUGUUGGGGGAAAUCUUCUGGGAGGUCCUGCUGGAUUUUGAAAAAUAUCGCAUACAAGAAGAAAGUAAAAGCUCACUUCAGAGUCAUCUCCUUGGUUACUGCAUCUCAUGAAUAAAUCGUGACGCCGGAGGGCAGACCCUAGAUACACACGGAGUAGAUCUGCGCCAAGGCGUCUUUUGAGGGGAAAAUGCCUGGCAAUGCAGAGAGCUGAUCUGCUCGUUUUUGUGAGUGAUGGAGUCCAGCACGGUCGCAGCAGGAAGCUCCUCCCUGAACGGGGAGCUCUUGGAGGAUGUGGGCAGAGUUGCCGCUGUCCCGAGUGGGGAGAGGGCUGACCCGAACCAGCAGGACCGGUCCCAGGGCAGAGCCGGUGCUGGGGCUGAGGUCGACCAGGGGCGUCAGCUAGCCGGACCGGGAGUGAGCCGGACCGGGCCCGGCUCCACCAGCCUGGGACGUUCCCUUAGCCUUCAGGGAAGGCAGGGCCCCCCGCUAGUGACCGAUCCUCCUUGGAAACAGAGAGUGAAGGGACCAAGCACUGGGAGCACAGCUGAGGACAAGCAGGACUGGAGGGCGGUCAAGAUGAAGCCAGCGGUGAUCUCCAACACCAGCCAACCAGGCCGAAAAACCAACCUCACCAGAAGUGUCAGUUUAUCCGAAAAGGAGCUGAAAGAGGCUCGGGACAAGAGUCAGAUCAUUGCUGCCCAGCUGACCUUCCCAUCCAAUGCCAACUCCAGAGGGGUUCAGCUUUUCAACAGACGCAAGCAAAGAGUGAACGCUUUCACCCGGGUGAGCUUUGGGCAGGGAGUCGGCCAGGAGGCUGCUGGGAAUGAGAGAGACGGACAUCUCCGCAACACGGUAACAUGGGAGGAGACGCAAACUGAGAGAAAGGACACAGAACUAAACUGUAGAGACAGUAAACCUAAGCCUUCCUGGUCUUCGAGUGCAGUGAGGUACACAGGAAGUGAGAGGAUGGAGGAGCAAUGGGAGCCUGCUCUCCAAGAGGAAAAUCCGGGCAACAAUCUGGAGGAGGAGCACUGUGUUCCGGUGAAGAAGGGCGAUCAGAACCUCUCAACAGAGCAUGAGGUCAGAGAGGAUGUGACUGGAGGUGACACGCUCGAGAACACACCCAAAGAUGACAUGCCCCACGAGGACUGCGGUGACAGAGCAGUCCCGUCUGGUCCAGGCGAGGGGGAGGCGAAGCCAAACGGGCAGGUGACUGACUCACUCAUAGCACCAGGUGAAAUCACCAAUGGAUGUCAGAGCAGCCAGAACACUGCAAACAUAACUCUGUCUUUGGCUAAGCAGGCCCCCACCAUUAUGAACAGGACAGCUCGUCCCUUCGGCUCUCCAGCCACCGUGCGCUCCACGGAGGACAUUCCUCCACCUCCUUCAUGUCCUACUCCACCACUUCCUCGUAUCUACAGCCCUCCCCCACCAGCUUUUUCCCCUCCUCCACCUCUCUCUUACUCAGCCCCACCACCUUCAGCUUACUCCAAUCCACCUCCACCUGCUUACUCCAGCCCUACUCCACAAGCUUACUCCAACCCUACUCCACCAGCCUACUACAACCCAAGUCCACCGGCCUACUCCAGCCCUCCUCCACUGUCCCGUGUUAUCUCGCCCACCCCAUGUUCACCACAGUACGUGCCCCUCGUUGCCCCGAGACCCACAUACAUACCAGAACUUCUGGGUGACAGGAGGCCGACCACACCCAUCAGAACAGGCAUCCUGGACGAGGGCAGGGUGCGCCGAGCGGCUCGGAAAUCAAUGUUCACCUUUCAAGAGAAGCCCAAGGUCGCCCCAAACCCAGAGCUCCUAUCCAUGGUGCAGGUUGCGGACGAGAGGAAGAAGAUCAAGUCCUUACCUGAGCAUAUGCAAGAGGAGGAGCUGUUAGAUCUCGGGGCUGAAGCUUCUAACUUUGUCCCCAAAGAUGGACCCAGUGCAGAGGAGGCCUUGGUGCCUGAGUGGUCUUCGUGCCUGAAGAGCUCAGGGCCGCGGGUGAGGUCUGAACCAAAGCCAGAGCAAGGCCUGACCAACGCCUCUGGGAAGGGGGCUGAGCUCUUUGCGAAAAGACAGUCUAGAAUGGACAAGUUUGUCAGGGAAAGUCCAUCAGGGGUGCAAGUGAGAUCACCGUCUCCGACUAUGUCUUUGCCUCCUUCCUGGACCUUUCCCUCUAACAUGCCAGGCCGAGUCAAAGCCAUGGCAGAUGCCUCCAACAUCAGAGUGCAGCCUCCCAGGACUGUCAAGACCAGACCAUCCCCAAGCAAGGCUCCGGUUCCAGAGAGGCAGGUGCCGGAGAACACGGUCCUGGAGAACGGCUGUACCAAGUUAGAGAUGGACAUUUCUAGACACCAGCCCUACCAGCUGAACUCCUCCCUCUUCAUCCUGAAUCCCACCAGAGACCCAAUGAGCUCUCUGCCGAAAGCGGCACCACCGCCUCCCAGACCCGUGGUCUCAGACAGGGCCUACUCCAGGCAGACCUCCCUGCCCACAAGCACCCCUCCCCUGUCCCCUCACUUCAACUCCCCAGCUCCAUUCAGGUCCGCAAGGCCCUUUUCCCCACAGGUACCCCCCAGCCCGGUCAACGGAGUGGGAGUCAUGGAUUUCAGAUCAAACUGUAGGGUUCCUCCAGGGUCUGGGGCAGCCCAGGUGACCUCUCCUGUCUCACCAUUGUCUCCUGAGCGCAUGGCACCACAACGGUCUGCCAUCCAAGUACCCAGACCCACCUUCUCUGCCAAGAGGGCAGGGAUUGAACCCCAGACCAGAAUGGAGUCACUCCCCAGUACCCCUGUUACCCCCUCCCCCUCCGCCUUGACUCCACAACAGACCAGGAGAUUCAGUAGCCCGGAAGGGCCGGCCAGUGGUCUGAAGUUCCACCUUGCUUCUUCGGGGCAGCCGUCCUCCUCGCGCUCCCCCCACCCCUCCUCCCUGUCCUCCCCCCAGUCCCCUUCCCUGGAGCCCCGAUGCCUGUCCCCCGUCGUCGGCCAGGACGCCAAGGCCAACCGCCGGCUGCUGGCGCAGAACAUCAUCAAUGCCGCCAAGCGCAAGAACAGCCCCUCGCCGGGGGGACAGAGCGGGCGUGGGGCGUGCGCGUCCCCCGUCGCAGCCGGGGGCGCGCUCCACCCCCUCAGCCCCUUCCAGCCCCGCCCCCUGUCCAGCCAGUCGCCCACCUUUGCCAGCCCGCCGCCCACGCCCACCCGGGCGGUCCGCUCGCCCGUGCGCCUCUACGCCACCCGCUCGCUCACCGACUCUGACGCCUCGGUGGAGUCGGAGGACUCGGGCCUGCGCUCGCCCGGGAUCCGCAGCUACAACACCUGCCCCCGCGGGUGGGGCGGCAGUCUCCGCAUCAAGAGGGGGGGCAUCGCCGCUGACCUGUAGGAGCGAGGAGGAUCCCGAAAGAAGAUUCUCAGACUUUGGAACAAAUUCAAUACGACUGCAGUGGGUUUUGUCCAGAUUUUUUUUGUUCUUAAUUUCACAAUAUUAUGAGUAUGGCAGCCAUUAACACCAUUAACACAAAAUAACUAAAAAUAAAUUCACAUGCUUAAAUUCAUUAUUCAGAGUUAAAGGACUUUGCAGUUAGAUUGGAUCUCAGCCUCAGUCUGAAUCUGUAUGAAAUGGUUCACAGAGACUUCCUUCCAUUCUGGUUCUCUUAAUUGAAAAAAGAGCAAAUAUAAAGUGGACAGCAUUGUACCAAAGUAACUUCAUAGGCAUUCCAGCAACCAAAGAAUAGACUGGUAUGUGGGCAAGAAGUAACUCAUGCUUGUGUUAAUUUCAUUAUACUGGAUCUUUUUUUGUCUCAGACGCACUACAGU